AUGACAAGUUCAGGCCAUCGUCUUCUUGAGGUACUUAGCGAUUCGAACUUAACCGCAAAAUUUCAGCAGUUCUGUGGAAUUCGAAGCCAUAUUUUCAACACUAGUGCAAAUGGAAGUCAUCGACAUGCCGGCGAAACAGACAGGUUAUGUAGUCUUAACGGCGAUAAAUUAGUUGAAAGUACUGGCAGCCCAGACAGUAAGUUAGUCUCUGAUAAUGAUAGUCUUCAUCUGUAUUCUUCAAACCACAACAAUCAUAUUUCAAAUGGAUUAUUGAAAGAGCGGGGUGUACAUAGGAAAAAUGGAUACCGCAACGGAUUCAUCAAGACAGAAGUAGGUGAUCAAGUCACAAACGACGAAAUUGUAGAAGACAUACCGCAGAAAAAUGGUAAAAACAGUACACAGAUUAGUAAAGGAAAGGCAGGUGAACACGAUGAAAGACACGCCAGCAUAGUCUGUACACAACCUUACACGCUAGACUGUCCAAUUUUAUACUACAUUUUUUGUUUAGGAGCGGGACUUGGAAAUGAGUUGUUUUACAUUCUGUUUUUCUCGACUUCAUUAUGGAACUUCGAUAGCUUGGUGAUUAGGAAAGUUCUGUGCGUGUGGUGUGUAAUUAUGUACAUGGGCCAGGCUGCCAAAGACAUCAUUCGAUGGCCCCGUCCGAGGUCGCCACCUGUUGUACGACUGGAAGAACGUUAUGAGCUGGAGUUUGGGAUGCCGUCCACUCAUGCCAUGGUGGGCAUCGCCAUACCUUUUGGAGUGAUCGUGUUCAUGUCGGGACGCUAUGAGUUUAACUGUUGUUUAGGUGUUACCUGCGCUGUGAUCUGGAGCCUGUUAGUCAGCUUAAGUCGUCUCUAUCUGGGCAUGCACAGUGUCCUGUUAUGGCGAAAUAGCAUUCUGUUAAUCUGCCUGAUGUCUGCGACAGUUUUCUUUGUGGAUCCUGUCGACAGUUUCCUCAUGACCCACCCCUGGGCGCUGCCAGUGACAGUCGUCCUGUGCAUUAUCCUCAGCAUGCUGUAUCCUUCGUUAGAAAAAUGGAGCACAGCCCGCGGCGACACCACAAUGGUUCUGGGCGUCUUCUCUGGCAUCUAUGCAGGCAUGUGGCUUACGGCAAAAUUAACGGAGUUUGAUUAUGUACCAGACUCCCCUCCCUACGUGCUGGAACUUCCGUCGGUCAAGGAUUUUAGCCUGGGAGUUACACGCCAGAUUUCAGGGCUCUUUAUUAUUAUAAUUUUUCUCACUUUGAUCAAACUGGUGAUUCUUCACAGUUUAAGUUGGCUGUUUGGGUACGACCCCAAAGACCCGAGAACCAAGCAGUGCCGACCAGUGGAACUGCCGUACAAGUACGUCUCGUAUUACGUCUCAGCUGCAGCCACCACCUACAUCAUUCCUCUUCUAUUCUUGAAGCUAAAUAUAGAACGGCCAAGUUACUAUUCCGAGGUUUUCAGCCUGUAG